AUGGGCGGAGCUCAGCCUGUUCUGCUCGUCUCAGAAGCCGUGUCGCGCUGGCCAACUUUGCACCGACCACGUUCAAACUCCGUUGGGGACUUAGAUUGGCAGCCUUCCGAACUUUUACCUUUUCGAGCAUCGCCGCGUUCACAAGAGGUCGCUGACUCCCAACGAGGAACACCAUCGGAAGCUCAGCGACGAACCAGAGUAUGUCGUAAAUAUCGUAGUGUGGAUAGGUCAUGCAAGGCGAAAUUUGAUAACAGAAUUCGAAUUAAAAUUGAACGGAAUUGUAACGAAGGAAAUUAG